UGAAAUUUAUUUCUCAUGGGAGAGAAUAUCCUUCUUAUAUGUAGCACAUGGGAAACAAUUUUAUUUUAUUUAUGGGAAUCUGCUUCCCUCUGUCCCUUGGCAAAGCAUCUUCCCUGCUUGCUACAUACACCCAGCCAAAGGGAACACGUGAGAGGCCUGCCCCAGCUGCCCAAUCACUCAGCACAGCAGACAAGCCCAGGAUGGAAACACCCCAAGACCGACCGGUCUCAUCACAUCCUUUACCGGUCUCAAACCCGAAAGGUGGGGCCCAAACAUGCCGCCUCGCCCAUUCCUCCAGCCUAUAAAAGGAGCGAGAUUCCAGCUUUGACAGCAGAGCAAGCCGAGACACAGAACCAGCUGUUUCUUUUCCGAUCCAGGAAGAUCGCAGAGGAGUUAAAAAUGAGUGACGGAAAGAAGUGCGAGCAGAAGGACAAAUGCCCUAAAGAGCAACACAAAGAAGAAGGAAAAGGGUGCCACCAAGGGAAACAGAAGACAGAAUGCGGACAGGGGCACGGGCACGGACAUGGGCACGGGCAUGACCAUGAGCACGGGCAUGACCAUGAGCAUGGGCAUGACCAUGGGAAACACCAUGGGAAAGACAAGGGAUGCCAUGGGAAAGACCAGGGGAACAGCCACUGUAAGAAGUGACACUGCACACACCAGCCGGAUUCACAGCACAACUGCAAUGAUUGAAAUGUGUUACAAGUUAUAUCAAUAAAAUCAUUUUCAAACACA